AUUAAAUUUACCCAAAAAUUAUACGCCGCUGACGCACACAUAAAGCUCAUUUUCCUCUUUCCUUAGUCUGUCAAAAAAAUCGCUCUCUCUCACACACACAAAGCUAAGGGAAUGGCAGAACUGCUGACAGACGAUCAAAUCUCCGAAUUCAAGGAGGCUUUCAGCCUAUUCGAUAAGGACGGCGAUGGCUGCAUCACUACUAAGGAGCUUGGGACAGUGAUGCGAUCAUUGGGACAGAACCCUACCGAGGCAGAGCUUCAGGACAUGAUCAAUGAGGUUGAUGCAGAUGGGAAUGGGACAAUUGACUUUCCUGAGUUCCUCAACCUGAUGGCUCGGAAAAUGAAGGACACUGACUCUGAAGAGGAGCUCAAGGAGGCUUUCCGGGUUUUUGACAAGGACCAGAAUGGCUUCAUCUCUGCUGCUGAGCUUCGUCAUGUUAUGACAAAUCUCGGUGAGAAACUGACAGAUGAGGAAGUUGAUGAGAUGAUUCGUGAGGCCGAUGUGGAUGGCGAUGGGCAGAUCAACUAUGAGGAAUUUGUCAGGAUCAUGAUGGCUAAGUGAGAAGCAAUCUUAUCCAAAACUUGGAAAAGUAAAAAACCAAAAAGGGAGACAGGGAAGUUUAGUCUCACGAGAUUUCUAUAUCUUAUUAGGACGUGUUCAUUCAGUAUUAUUAGCUCUAGUUGGUUGUUUGUCUGUUUUCCUUCUUGCAUUGCUUUGUAGUGUUGCUCUUCGAUGUAUGUUUGUUUGCUUUGUCUCUUGUUUCAGUUGUUUGGUCUGUUCCUGUUAGUAUCUUCUUGCUUCGGAUAUUUUCUUCCUACAUCUGCCAUUGUGAACCUGGAACAAAUGGGAGAAUUUGAUGUGUUGGUUUAAUGAUAGACUAAUUUUGUUAAUAUUUCAAAUAUUGAAC